GGGCAUUCUCUCCGCUGAUCGCAUCGAAUCGACCGCAAGGGAAAGGGAACCGUCAUCGCCUCAUCAAGAUGCAGAUAUUCGUUAAGACCCUCACUGGCAAGACCAUCACCUUGGAGGUCGAGUCCUCCGAUACGAUUGACAAUGUGAAGGCUAAGAUCCAGGACAAGGAGGGAAUCCCUCCAGACCAGCAGCGUCUUAUAUUCGCCGGCAAGCAGCUUGAGGAUGGGCGUACACUUGCAGACUAUAACAUCCAGAAGGAAUCCACCUUGCACCUUGUCCUCCGCCUUCGUGGAGGCAUGCAGAUCUUCGUGAAGACCCUCACUGGCAAGACAAUUACCCUAGAGGUCGAGUCGUCAGACACAAUAGACAAUGUGAAGGCCAAGAUCCAGGACAAGGAGGGAAUCCCACCAGACCAGCAGCGUCUCAUCUUUGCUGGCAAGCAGCUCGAGGAUGGCCGCACCCUUGCAGACUAUAACAUCCAGAAGGAGUCCACCUUGCACCUUGUCCUCCGCCUUCGUGGAGGCAUGCAAAUCUUCGUGAAGACCCUCACUGGCAAGACCAUCACCUUGGAGGUCGAGUCAUCGGACACCAUCGACAACGUGAAGGCCAAGAUCCAGGACAAGGAAGGCAUCCCCCCGGACCAGCAGCGCCUCAUCUUCGCCGGCAAGCAGCUCGAGGAUGGUCGCACCCUUGCUGACUAUAACAUCCAGAAGGAGUCCACCCUGCACCUUGUCCUUCGUCUUCGUGGAGGUAUGCAGAUCUUCGUGAAGACCCUCACCGGCAAGACCAUCACCCUGGAGGUUGAGUCCUCUGACACCAUCGACAAUGUGAAGGCCAAGAUCCAGGACAAGGAGGGCAUCCCCCCGGACCAGCAGCGCCUCAUCUUCGCCGGCAAGCAGCUCGAGGAUGGCCGCACCCUUGCAGACUAUAACAUCCAGAAGGAGUCCACCUUGCACCUUGUCCUCCGCCUUCGUGGAGGCAUGCAGAUCUUCGUGAAGACCCUCACCGGCAAGACCAUCACCUUGGAGGUCGAGUCAUCGGACACCAUCGACAACGUGAAGGCCAAGAUCCAGGACAAGGAAGGCAUCCCCCCGGACCAGCAGCGCCUCAUCUUCGCCGGCAAGCAGCUGGAGGAUGGCCGCACCCUUGCCGACUAUAACAUCCAGAAGGAGUCGACCCUGCACCUUGUUCUGCGCCUCCGUGGUGGUCUGUGAGCUUCGCUGUGAUGCAACGUUCCCGCUCGUCUGUCCUAUCAUCGUUUCAUGGUUUGGGUUGUUCUGGCUAUUGCGUUAAAAUAACAGUAUGCACCAUAUGUGUGUAAAAUGGCCAUCAGGCCUAAGAAUGUCCGUAUGAACUUUUAUCCCAUAUUCCCAUGUUAGUACAAUUUGAUGAAUUGUGCAUUGAUCAGCUGAUUUAUC